AUGUGGUGGCCAUUUCAAUGGUUAGUCAUCUACGUCUUAGGCGGUGUCACCUUCAUUCCGGUUCUCAUUAUAUCUAUUAUUGCAUAUGUGUAUAAGUAUGGCUCAGUACCUGUAGGAGACUCGGACCCGUACAAGGAGGAAAAGGCAAGAUUGCAGGAAAACGAAGAGAAGGUGGAGCAAGUUGAAAAGAGCAAAGCAUUGCUUGACCAAGCUGAGAAGCCACUGUCAGGAUGGCUCACCGUCAGGAGGCAAUUUCAUUCCAACUCUCAGAAUAGUAAGAACGUCAUUAUCCCCACCAACAGCGAAGAACCGCUCGACGAUGAUGGUGGACAGGAAGCGAUAGAGAAAGAGAAAGGAGAUUCAGAUUCAGUGCACACAAAUAGUUCGACCUCCGGUACUACCACUUAUUCAGCUCGUAUCGCUCAAACGUAUCGCUCAAUGGUCGAGUUGCGAGCGGCUAAAAAAGAACCGCUACCUAGGGAGUUCUUCUUUUGUGUUCUCAAAGGUUCAGUACUGUUCUUAUACGAAGAUGAAACCAAGACUAACUGCGUUGCUGCUCUUGGAGUGGAUCAGUAUGUGGUGAGGAUGGAGAAGGAAGAUGGCAGAAGAUUCAAGGGGAAAGAUUCUGAGCUAUUCUCCAAGCGGAACGCAGUGGUACUUCGAGUUGUAAAAGGUGUUGCAAAAAAGGGAUUGCCGGUAAUCACCAAAGGCAUGCAAGCUGAAGCUGAAGAAGGGAAGGAUAGAGAAAUAGAAAAUAAACCGAUCUUCCUGUUCACAAAAUCUAAUACGAAAAUGGAAGACUGGUAUAUGGCUCUACUCAAAGCAUCGUCGCAGUCCCCCCAGGCCAUCACCUCUCAGGUCUAUGAUCCAAGGGACAUGCAAACUUUGGUGGAGACCAUAGAUACGGAGCCAGAUCCAAUACCGAUGAGAUGGUUUAAUGCUAUGAUCGGAAGGAUAUUCUUCUCCUUAUACAAGACGGACGCGCUCGAACAGUUCAUCAUAUCAAGGAUUAUGAAGAAAAUGACAAGAGUCAACAGACCUGGGUUUUUAGGUCCCAUAGUUGUCAGAGAGGUGAAUGUGGGCACAUCAGUCCCGUUUUUCUCUAAGCCGAUGCUGAAAGACCUUACAUCCGAAGGCACAUCAGCAUUUGAGGCACAUAUGCAAUACAAAUCGCAACCCAACAGAAGCGACUCUGAUGUACGUAUUACGAUAGCUACAACAGCCACCAUACCGACCGGGUUUAAACCUUAUGUGGUGGAUCUUGUGUUGGCCGUCGUAGUAAAAUCUUUUGAGGGAAACUUAGUCAUGCAAAUGAAGAAACCUCCAAGUAACAGAUUCUGGUACGGCUUCACCUCCAUGCCGAAGAUGGAGAUAGAGAUAGUACCUAUAGUCAGUGAAAGGAAGAUACAGAUUGGAAUGGUGUUAAAAGCGAUUGAAAAGCAGAUAAGAGAUGUGAUUGCCGAAUCUGUUGUUCUUCCUAAUAUGGACGAUAUCGCGUUCUUUGACACUUCCCGGCUGGACUUGAGAGGUGGAAUUUUCGAUGAAGCAAGUAAAAUGAAGCAAAGCAGUGAAGUCGAAUCCAGCAACGCCUUUGAUCCAAAGUCUGAGAUUGAAGUACAAACAUCCAACGAAGAUCCUUCCUCCGCAAUACCUUCUACUUCGAAUCUACGCAAACGUAACCCACACCAAAAGUCAAAGAGUACCGAUAUCAGAGACUCAUUGAAAACGGAAGAAAUACCUGAAAUAGGUAUAUCACGAACCGAUACGGCUCCCCCUUCUCAGAGUAACAACAUACCAGCUCCAAAGGCUGCAGCAAUUCAAGCAACAAAAAAAUGGUUUGCUCAGACUGGCACCGCUCAACCACCUUCUUUAGCCAACCAAACUGUUACCGGUGGACUCAGCGCCGAUGGGCAAGAUGAUAUGAAACGACAACGUUCACAAAGUAAAGAUCGAGUUCCUAAAUUAGUGGCGGACUCAAAUCACACCGACGCCAAUUACGCGAACACCCCAGAAAUCGCUGCCGUGCAGGUUUCGUCUAGUACUAUGCCGCUUUCAGAGGCAGAGAAGAAAUCACUCGAAGCAAUCCAGCCAUCCGAAGCAUCGUCCACGCCUCGUGGUGAGAUCAACAUCCACAGGUUGAGCGGCACGCCGCGCCCAUCUAGCACAUCCUCAGUCUCGAUGUCAAGUACGGAUACAGGUGUCAUAGCUCCCCCAGAGACUGCUCAGAGUUCAUCGGCCUCAUUGAUAAGCACUCUUCGAUCUCGAGACAAAAAGGCUAUACAAGCUCAGGUCGGAACCGCAAGAGAAUCUCUCAAGAAAUGGGGUGUAGGUCUCGCAGCCAAAAGACGAGCAAUGAAAGAAGGUUUCGGUCUCGAGGAGGAGACUCGAUCGCCCGCGUUGUAUAGGCCUCCGGAAGAAGAUCAGCGGGAAGACGAGAGAUCAGUAUUAUCCACAUCACCACAUCGGUCUCUACAAGAUAGGCUCAAUGCCGCAGCACAUGCUAGCGUUGCACCAGUACCCAUGAAUAUACCCUCAAGAGGUCGAUCUUCUUCUUCCAGCUCCAGACCGAGUCUUUUCGCUUCCCCAAAGUCAGCAGCGUCGCCAGCAUCAACUUCCCCGCCAAAGUGGUCUUCUCCAUCAGUUCCAAAGACAACUACAGGCAUAAUCAAGGACGGCAUAUCUCCUCAGCCCAAUCCCAAUGUCUUCAACCCUUCUCAAAGUCAACAGUCAUUAGACUCACCGCCGGUAUCGCAGCAACCAACUUCUGGUAGAUCGAUGGUGGUUCCCCGAGUACCAAAGAGACCUGGACAAGUCACGGGCAUUGGACAUAACGCAGCUGAACCUAUGGUGAGGAGGGUCUCGACGGAGGAUGGUCUGAGGGAAGAAAGGAUAGAGGACGUCCAGGAUCGACAACGUCGGAUUACGCAACCUUUGCUGUCCAAGGAUUCCCCACAGAACAUCACUGACAUCAAGAAAACUCCGUUUGAUAUCCCUUCUCCCGCAAAGCCUUCGAUACCUGACUUUGCCGUUCCCCCUCCGCUACCAUCCAAAGAGCAAUCUCGUACAGCUUCCAUGUCAGACUUCGUAUCUUCCGUCUCUUCGGACGCUGGAGAGCCCUACUCACCUCCGGCACAAACCGAUCACCUUAUAGCUCCCGACAGCCCAAAAUCGGUGACUGGUCUGCCUUCCAUCAGUACGGAUAGCACAGAUUUGCAUGCGGUUCCAAACAUUGAUAAAACCUCUCCAAGAAUAACAGAAGCUCAAGUUGGAUCUGCCAUCAGUCCGGGAAGGUCUUCAACAGCUGAGGACUCACUGCGCAACUUGGUGGCAAAAAAUGAAGAGGCUUUGAAGGCUAGAAAAAGCGAACCGUCUUCGCCCAAUCUAAAUGCUUUGGCAAACAAACAGCUCGGACUUCUUACCUCAGGCAAUAUUGAGGAGUGA